AGUAGCUAGCUUGUUCUUCCAUCCUCAGAAAAGAUAUAAACCAGACAGAAAAGAUACAUACAUUUCCUGUGGGUUUGGAGUGGACCCAGUAUAUCUCUACAAAAACCCUGACAUGAUGAUAUCCACAAAGACUAAUUAACAUAUAUGUCAAUGUGUCAUCCCCAAUUAAAUUCUUCAUUUCUGGCCCUUGUUUCAAUUUUUGUCCACUUCCUGCUACUGUAAUUAUGUAAUUUAUUUCUCUUCUGUGCAGGGAACCUGCUUAUUUGGCAGAUGGGCUCUUCUGCACUAUAUAAGCAUUGUGCUUGGACUCAGGUUUUCUAUCAGCCUGACUAUUCACUUGAUCUCUGUAGAUAUUUAAUUUAUCAUCAAUGGAGAUGGAGAAGGCACAGAAAUCAAGCCACGGGGAAGAUGAUUUUCUGCGACUUGUGAUGGAUUAUCAACCUUUAUUGCCACCAUUGCCACCCAAGUCUGCUGCAUCAGGAAAGCCAAGAAACCUGACUCAAGAAAACAUGUUAACUUCUGGUGAAAUUAUAAUGAACAAAUAUACUAGUCCUAGCGAUCAGUUCCAAGGAGGCUCAUUCUCAAGCUCAUCAGGAUCAUCAUCACCAAAAGAGAAUUUGGUUCUGGCUGAAAUGGAGCAUGCUGGUGGAGAGGAAUUCUUCUCCAAAUUCUUGACCAUGGGCAAGGCUACUGCUAGUGUUUCACCUGGCAUUCAUGUAUCUUCCAACCCACCACUACCGCCAACACCAAAUGUGGCACAUCCUGAUGAUGAUAUGGGCUUCAAAACAAUUCCACCGGAACUACUGGCUGUGCACCCGCCCGCAUCGCCAGCACCCACCAGUAGAGCUCGACCAACCGGACUUAGAAAGGCUAUGGCCCCUGAGAUGCUUGCAAAUCUUGUCUUGCAUGAUCCAAAGAAGGCAAAGAGAAUAAUUACUAAUAGAAUGUCUGCUGUGAGGGCCAAGGAGAAGAAGAGGCUCUAUACAUUUAUGCUUGAACAUCAACUACAGACUUUGCAAUCUGAAUCAGCCGCAUUAACUGCUCAUUUCGCCUUAUUGCAGACUGAAAGAACAGACAGGCCUGAUUUUGCAACAGAUGCGCUUGCAAGACAGUAA